AUGGCUGGACCUAACGUGACAGUCAAUCAAGCGAGGAGAAAAGGUGUCUACUUCACAAAGAAAGGAAAUGCUGACAAUCUACUGCUGAUGAAAAGACAGGGAAAACAUGGCAUACAAGAUGCAGAGAAUGAUGGAUUAUCAAAUCGCGAAGUCUCUACCCCUGUGAUAAAGCGUGCUAAAGCAGAUGAUAUCUUCAAAGGCGGAACAGAAGUGGAAAAAAGCUUGUCUACUGCUACAUUCGAUAAGGUUUUGAAGCCGUCCUCAGAUUCCGAAAUAGAAGCUGCUAGGAAACCAAGAGAAGAAGAAAAAGAAGAGCAGGACAUUUCUAUAUCGUUGAUACAAAAUCUGAAAAGCGAAGAUAUUGAGUCCGUCAGAUGCAGAAGCAGCAAUCUCUUCGACGGUAGGAAAUUACUCUUGGAGGCUGAAUUGUCAGCAGCUGAAGAUAAUCAAGUCUUCUCAUCGUCAUUUCCUGAGGAGAAAAAGUUAUCCUUACAGAGUUGUUUGAGUUCCAGGGAACAGAUAAUCAAGAAGCUUCAAACAAGGAAAGAAUACACGGGCAAGUUUAAUCUUCCACCCAUGCUGUUUUCAGAUGAGCUGCUGAACGAAAUAGAACCCUUCAUGCCCAUUGUUGUGGAUAUACUGAAGGGUAGGGUAUCGUCUGCCUAUUAUUUCAAGGCGAAAAAUGCAUACAAAGACUCAGAAAAGGCCUACUUGUCUGUAGAUGAGUUCAGAAAAUUGAACUUAAAUAGGUUCACCGCUGGCUUUUAUGGCCUAAAAAGGCAACUGAGAGUUGGUGAAGAGAUCUCGAAGAGAUACAGAAAGGAACUUACGCACGACCAACCUGCAACCUUGAGAUGGUGGGGGGUAGCAGAUUUCUGCAAUUACAUUUUGGCCCCGGAAAUCCUUACGUCCUUUUGCAUUCACCAAUUGAAUCUCUACGGCAAACUGCCACAGGACAAACAUACAAAGAAUCAACGCGACAAGAAACAACUUUACUAUGACCCUGAAAUAAGAAUGCUAGCGUACGAUUUACUUGAGGAUACCGUCGAGUACGGCACCACCGUAGCGGAUUCCGACCCGAUAGAGCAAUGGGAAGUCGCUAUAGAGGAAGAUCGUCUGCGAGAACUAAACCUCGACGUACAUGACUAUUCCAGCAAGCGAUGGCGAGUGACUAUGCAUGACCAAGCCAAGUGA